GUUGCUGCUGCGCCUUCGUUUGCUCGACUCGAAGGCUGUUUCGUCCGCUGGACUGUUGAAUCAUGCCCACCUCCCGGCCGCUGCCGCUGCCGCGGCGCCGAGGUACACGUCAUAGAGCAAUUUCUAUAGGAUCCCUCGGGCCAGAAAGCUCAUUCACUCCAGGCUAGGUUCAACGCCUCCGCGCUACACACUCGUUGUGGCCUGUCGUCCGUUCACUGCCCAGAUGGCACCAACACCAGGCACUAGGAACGAGGAACCAGGCCCAUGCAGGCUGACGCGGCCGGUGGAUCCGGUAGCAUCGCUUUCUACGUUACAUUCCAAUUCACGCGGCCGCGGCCAUGCUCCACCGUCCUUCGAGAACCGUAUUGCAAACGACAUUCAACCGCAGCCGCCGACUCUGAGGCUCCGACUGCCUCUUCCAACAUGUCAUGACGCAAAAAUGGAGGACAUGACGAUAUCGAGCAUCCCUGCUCGUGGCGGGAAAUGAUCCUCAACAAGCACAAGCAUCGCGACAAGCAUUUUUCCAAGCAUCGCAAAGUGGAGUCGGCAUCGGAUCAAAGCAAAUCAAGCUCUCGGAUACGGGGGGGCUGGUCACGUACUACUACUCCGCAGCGGCUUUUCACCGGCUACCCGCAGCCGUAGUGGCCAAAUUUACCCCAGAUCAGCCACAUGUGGCUGUUUCCCCUUAUCCAAACAUCGGAACGAUGCCCGAACGCCGCAUGCACAUGCACCGUGGUUGCUAGCGGGGCGGUGAUUGCUGGAAAUAAUUGGCUGUGUUAAGGACGAUCUCCUUAGCUAUGAUGCCGUGCCGAUAUUGCACAUCCUGGUGCAUUUGACUCGGAGAGCUAGAAGAUGGACAGCAGCAAAAGUAUA